ACCACAUUAGUGCACAUGUGCUUUUGUGCUGGGCAGACUGCAUGGCUGCAUGGCUGCAAGCUCCGCCCACCUCCCCUCCUGUGCUGCUGCAGAGGGCUGGUGCUCCAGCAGCAGCAGCAGUACUUCACCUCUGCACACGGUGUACGGAGCAGCCGCUGCAGCCGCUGCAGCCCCCGCAGCCCCGCGCGCCGGGACCGCAGACGGACACCUGGACUGCGUCGAUUGUGGAUUUCUUUCUUUCUGUUCUUUUUAUUUACGCCGUUUUUGCCCAUAUUUCUGUGUUGCCAGGCAGGAGAAAGUCUGAGCAGCCAUGACAGCUCGUUCAGAUCGUUCCAGAUCCCUCCACAGCGACCUUUGACCGAACCGGAUUUAGCAAACCCAAAGAUGUCAGCGUGCAGCGACUUUGCAGAACACGUAUGGAAACCCGGCUCGUGUAAGAACUGCUUCCACCCGCUCAGCGCGCACAAGACGGUCGGCGUCCCGGGUGGCGGUGCGCCUGCAUCCUGUUUGAAAAGCGGCGAUGAGGAUGCUGGAGUGACGACGCCUUCGCCCUACAGCAAGCCGACCAUCGCCGUCAAACCUACGAUGAUGAGCCUCGACACCAGCGAACCUAAAGAUGUCAACAUGAACAUAGAACCGCAAGAGAAAAUGAAAAGCCCAGUGGAGCAAAAGAGUCUGAAGAAGAUCUUGAAUCUCUCCCCGCUGUACAUCGACAGCAAUGUUUGCAACAAGGCGCACAGAGAGGCAGUCCUUCAGGACCCGGAGAACAAGGUUGACAACAAUCGCAUCUCCCCCAAAGACACAGUCAUCAUCAGCAACAUCCUGGUGAGCCAGCAGGAAGGGAGAGUUUCCCAAAGCCUGAAGAAGAACUCUAACGAGAAUUCCUGCAACAACCAGGAGAACGGCGUGAUUCCCAUCCGGACCAAGAGUGCUUAUAACGGAACCAGGACGAACAAUGAAGCGUUUGAGGGGACGCCUUCAGAGGAUAACGUAGCUUCUAGUCCAGUUCAAGGUACAAACGGUGGCUCCGCUGAUCUGUCAAAGACAACCACCACCUCUUCUGACCUCGCCAACCACACGAGCCCCACAUCCCCCCCCUCUGCUUCCGUCCUGUCCAAACAGAGCAGUCUGUCGGACUCCUCUUCUUCUUCUUAUCUUAGCAGCACAGAUUCGCUUCCAGACCCUGAAGGGUUGCUAGGGAGACGGGAGAGGUCGGGAAGUCUGCAAUACUCGCCGACCAAGACGGGCCCCCAGUCCACUCCCAACUCCCCCAACAAACAGGAACCCAUUUAUGCUGAGAGCACCAAGAAAAAGCGCAGACCUGCAGUUCCUGGACUGCAGUCCCCCCCUCAGUCUCCAAACCAGACUAAGCCCUGCUCUGAGGUUGACCGGUUUGGCGAGAACCAGCGAGCCACCAUCACGGUCAUCGCAGCCCACACUGAGAACAACAAAACUUUCUAUCUCAGUAGUCCAGAUUCUGCCGUCAGCACCCAGUGUCACUUCAGCCCCCCAGCACGGAAGGACUCCGCCAGCCCGGCUUUCCUGUGGCCCAGCCCAAGCCGCAGCGCGCCCUCUUUGAGCGUAGAAGCCUCCCUGCCGCCGGCUCUUCACCCAAAGCCGCAGUCCAGCCCCCCCAUUCCCCCAAAGAGGAGCUCCCGCUCCCCAAAACUGGGCACCUCCAGCCUUUCCCAGUCGCUGUCUUCCCCGUUCUCUCUCCAGGAAUUCCCCAAACUCGGCACCUCCAGCCUCUCCUCGUCCGUUUCGUGCCCCGUCCCGCUCCCAGAACUCCCCAUGUUUUUCCUCGUUUCUGCGACGGAGGGCCACUUCAAGUUCCCGGACAACCAGAACUCGCCACUGGAACGCCGACCCAAGCUCAACCACCACGGUUCCAGUUGGAGCUGCCGCAUCGAGGAAGAAGAGGAGGAGGAAGAGCGAGGGCGGAAGGGAACGGAGAAGCCACCCGCCAAUCCGGGGUCAACCCGUUCGGUGACGGGCCCGGUCAAUGGCGCUGCUGUCUGGAAGGAGGCCAGGGACGCCAUUGCUCACAGCAGCCCCCCUACCAUGACAGAGCCUGGCACGGCCCCCCCUACUGCCCCCAACAAUGGCGCCUGUCAAGGGGAAACAGAGGGCACCGGCACAGAGGAGGAGGGCAAGCAGAACGGGAGCAUGCCGGCCAAGAAGCCGUUGCACGGCAGCUCGGGGGAGCUGCCGGCAGCAGGAAGGGGAGCCGCCACCAAUGACCCCAACCCGCCUCCACCCCCACCCAAGAAACUGCACAGAGGGAGUAUUAGGAUGAGUGGCAGUAACUUGGAGCUGGAUCGCUGCAGCCAGCAAAGGUCAACCGAAAGCCCUUCAUCUUUUCCAGGUCUGGGCAGUACCAGUCUACCCACUGCAUCCACCGACAGUCUGACGGCCGACUCCGGGUCUCGGAAUGCUGCACGGAUGUCUUGUUCUUCACCGUUUCCCAGAACUCCGGUGGCGUCUGCUCCGUGUUCUCCCAACCCCAUCUCCUGUACUAGCUUGAACAUCCAGCCCCCUCCUCUCCCGGAGAAAAAAAUUGUCAAUCGCACAGUUUCAGCUCCAGAUGGUGGGAAACCCUUUGUCCGAGCCUACCCACGCCUCCCGUUCACCGGCUCGGAGAGCAACGUCUGCCGCUCGGCCGAUUCCAGCUCCCGCUCCAGUUUACCCUCCAGUCCUGUUGACUCGCGGCCCGUUUUCUCAUCCAACGAGUCUCUGGAGCGCUGUCAACCUUUGCCAACCCGACCUUUGAGGUCCCGAACGCUGGACGAGCCCCUCAAGAACCAGGGGCGGCUGGGCGUGCACUGCCGGACUAGCAUCACCUGCUCGUCUUCUCCUCAGCUCAGCGCGCCCUUCUCCUCAACGGAGACGGGUUCUGCACCAAAUGUGGGAUCCAGCCUGCAGCUCCAGACCCUCUUGAGCAACAUCGACAGCAGAGAGGGUGUGUACUCCAAGCUGGGUGGCCUGUAUGCAGAGUCCCUGAGGCGACUGGCUUUAAAAUGCGAAGACCACUUCACCAGAUCCCAGAAGAAUUCGCUCAAAUUUGACGAGAGCAACUGGUCCCUGUUCAGACUCACGUCUAACAAGCCGAGCUGCAAUGCAGGGGAUGCUGUCUACUACUCUGCUGCCUGUGCGCUGGAUCCCUGCAACUCCUACGCUGUGAAGAUCUGCAAGAGUCCGUCCAUUGAAACCAAGCAGGGCCACCUGUACGGGCUGUCGGUGCAGCAGACCAUCCCCUCCCACUUUAACCUGCAGCAGGACUGCGGCCACUUCCUCGCCUGCGUGCCGCAGAGCAUGCUGCCUCCAGACGAGGCCGCGCUGCCCAGCUCCCCGCCUCCAUCCGCACAUCAGCCCUCAACCCCUGUGCAGGACGGAGAUCGAGAGCGGGUGGUGGUCAUCACUCCCGACAUUCCGCAUCAGACGGCUGCCGACUUUGUUCGGGAGUGGGCGGUCUUCCAUAAAAAGCAGCCGGAGAUCUACGAGCGGCGCGUCUGCUUCCUCCUGCUGCAGCUCUGCAACGGCCUGGAGCAUUUGAAAGAGCACGGGGUCACGCACCGCGACCUGUGCUUGGAGAACCUGCUUUUGGUGUCUCACCAGCGGAGGUCCUCACAGUUUAUUCAUCCCACCGACGCAGACGGCGGCGCCUCUGCAGACGUUCAGCGCCACCUGCCCCGCCUGCUCAUCAGCAACUUUGCCAAGGCCAAGCGCCGCUCCCCCGAAGACGCAUGCUCCACCAGCGGCGAUCCUCGCAUCAAACGCGACCACGCCAGACUGGCUCCCGAGAUCGUCUCCGCAGCCCAGUACCGGAAGUUUGACGAGUUCCAGACGGGCAUCUUGAUCUACGAACUCCUCCACCAGCCCAACCCCUUCGAGGUGAGUCCAGCACUGAAGGAGCAGGACUACCGCUCCGAGGACCUGCCCCCGGUCCCGCCGCUCUCCCUGUACUCCUCUGGACUCCAGAGACUCGCCCACCUCCUCCUGCAGCCCGACCCCAUCAAGCGCAUCCACAUCCAGGAGGCCAAGCGGAUCCUGCAGAGCCUCCUGUGGGGCCCGAGGAAGGACCUGAUGGAGCAGCAGCUGGAGAGGCACGGCCGAGGGGGCGGCGUGGGCGACGGAUCCCGACACGAGGGCCUCCUCAACUGGCUGGACGUGAAAAGAGCCCUGCUGAUGAUGAAGUUCGCCGAGCGCUCGCUGGAGCCGGAGAGGAACGCCGAGCUGGAGGACUGGCUGUGCUGCCAGUACUUCUCCUCGGCCCACCCCCUCUCCCUGUGCCACACCGCCGAACUGCUCUAUUCCCUCAAGUGACGGUUCAAUCAAAAAAGAAAACAGAAAAGCCGACGAUGUCAGAUCUGAAGAUCCGUGAUCCUCUGGAGGAACUGAUACUUAAAAUGACAAAACACACUCUGGCUUGAGCUGUUUUGUACUCUUAGGACGGACCUGGAGUCGCUACUUGAUAACAAACUUACCAAAGUUUCGGGUUUGACACUGUAUUGUAUUUAUUAGAGGAGGUGUUUAACAUGAGAAGUUAAUCUGUGUUAGCCUGCCACGCUUCAUUGUGUCUAAAUGUGCAACUAACUGCUUAUUUUCUUGAAAGUGAAGUCGUGGAGUUCAGACUUACUCUGUAGCACCUUCUCUGUUGGGUCACGGGCACAUAAACGGUCUUCCUUAAGUGAAAUCCAGGGGGUGUCCUACUGAGUUCCGCCUCCUAAUCUUACUUUCCCGCCCAUCCGGUUCGUUACGGUGCCUUUUUGUUCCUCGUGUGUUACAGUGAGUCAAACCAAAUGUAAAUAUGACAGCUCAUUCGUCGUUAGUGAAACUGGUCUUUCACAGUGUUUCCAGAAGCAGCUCUGUACAGAUGAUUUGUAGCUGAUUUUUAAAAUAAAACGCCACCCCGAGCAGGUCUUAAAGAAAAAGAACAAAAACAAAGCCAUGAAUAUGUGCAGCUGUCUGUGGUAUUUAUGAGAUUUGUUACACCGUAGCAGUCACUGGAUUCUGGUUUUUUUUUUUUUUUUUUGUUAUGUUGCUUCCUGCAGAUGAAGUUUGCUGCAGACUCUUUCAUGGGUUUCCUUCACCAGGAAGAGGAAAAACAACAAAACGGUUUAUUUUGUGUGCCUAUCAUUUGCAUCUGUUAAUAAACCUGUGCAAAUAUUUUCUGACA